CACACUCAUGCACAUAUAGAGGCCAGCGAAAUAAAAUCGUUAGCGCACAGCUAACUUGUAAUGCUUUACUAAUCCGAUGUAGUUUAUGGCUAAGUUUUAUUUAAAUGUUUUAAUUGAUUCCUAGCAACAAUGGCCAACGAAGUCGCUAUUGACAACGCGGUUAAGAAUCAUCCGGUUAAGCGGCCAGCUGAAAUUACAAAUGGCAAAACACCACCAGCGAAACGUAAGAAAAUUGACCCGUUGUCGAAUGUCGGCGAACGCAGCCCCGUUGCCAUCCUGAAUGAACUCCGCAUUGGUCUAAAGUAUGAAUUACUGGAACAAACUGGCCCUUCGCAUGCCCCAAUCUUCAAGGUGUGUGUUGAAGUUGAUGGCCAGAAAUACCAUGGAGAAGGCAACUCCAAAAAGACUGCCAGAUGCAAAGCAGCUGAGGCUGCACUCAAGUCCUUCAUUCAGUUCCCCAACAGUUGCAAAAUUGUGCCGAGCACAAUGCACAGCAACCAGAAUCUGGACUUCACCAGUGAUAAUUUUGAGGCCAAAGCAACGUCGCCGCUUAUCAUCGACGCGAACAAAACCGCCGAGAAUCAGAAGCGCAAUGCGAGCAUGAUUUUGAAUACGCUGUAUCCAAAUGCGCAGUAUGUGUGCACAGAAAAUGAUGAUAUCUAUGCCAGAUUCAUGGUGACGGUGAAUAUAAAUGGAGAUACCUUCUUUGGGACAGGUUCAAACAAGAAGCUGGCAAAACAUGCAGCUGCAACAAUGGCGCUUUCAAAGCUGGCCAGCACAAGCUUGGUGAGUUCCUCAUCGAAACGCACUUAUGGCGGCAUGCAGCAGGAUCAGGCCGAUCGGAUUGGCAGAGCGGUAACUGAGAAAUUUAUUAGCGUUAUGAGCAACGACGCGGCGCAUGCCAAGCGCAAGGUGCUCGCUGGAAUGGUGAUGGCGCGUCCUGGAGGCGAUCUUGAGGUGCUCAAUGUUACCACCGGCACCAAGUGUGUAUCCGGAGAACACAUUAGUAUGCAUGGGGCGGUUAUCAACGACAUGCAUGCUGAGAUUAUGGCACGUCGAGGGUUGAUUAGCUAUUUUUACGAGCAAUUGAUGUUGCAUACCAAAGGAAUGGGUGCCAAUUCAAUAUUUGAGUACAAAGCUGAAGGUGGUUUUAAGUUAAAAGAAGGCUACGAGUUUCAUUUGUAUAUUAAUACUGCCCCGUGUGGAGAUGCGCGGAUUUUCAGUCCGCAUGAGGAUAUUUGUCUUGCUGGCAUGGACAGACAUCCCAAUCGAUCAUCACGUGGUCAACUGCGAACUAAAAUUGAAUCUGGUGAGGGUACAGUCCCUGUAAAAGGCGGUGUUGUACAAACAUGGGACGGUGUCUUACAAGGAGAGCGUUUAUUAACCAUGUCCUGUUCUGAUAAAAUCUCGCGCUGGAAUGUCCUUGGCAUUCAGGGUGCGCUACUUUCCUAUUUUAUCGAACCUGUUUAUUUGACGUCCAUUGUUUUGGGAAGUCUCUUCCAUGAAACACAUCUUUACAGGGCGCUUUGUGGACGUAUUGAGUCUAAACUCCAAGGGUUAACCCCACCUUACAGACUUAAUCGCCCACAUAUGAAUCUUGUCACGUCGUGUGAGACUCGCCAGCCGACGAAAGCGCCAAAUUUCGCAGUCAAUUGGUUGUCGCACACGAAAGCCGAUGGUGUGGAAGUGAUUAACACAACGACGGGUCGACCGGAUAAUGGCAGUCUUGGUGGAGUCUCACGAUUGUCCAAAUGCAUCCUCAUGCAGAAAUUUAUCUACCUGACCAAGCAUCUUCGACCUAUGUUUCCUAUCAGUUCCGACUGCACCUUCUAUAGUGAUUUUAAAGCGCAAGCCGCCAAUUACCAAGAAGCGAAGGUGCAUCUCUUUGACGCCUUUCAAAAGGCCGCGCUUGGUCGAUGGGUAUCCAAACCUUUCGAGGAGGACCAGUUUGAAUUAUCCUAAAUAGUUGAACACAGGGAACGCGCCAAUUAGAUUUUACUCUAGAUUUUAACUGAUUCAACCAAACUAAAACUAAACAAAACGCAAAUGACUUAACUUUAACCUAUUUCACAUAGGUUCACGGGAUUUUCACUAGUCGGAAAUCGCUUCUUCCAUUACUUCCCUACUACUAGAGCUAGUUUUACUCAUUUUAACGUAUUGAGUUCUGUUGUGAUAACAUUACGUAUGGUAGAACCUGUCGGGUCUGUUUCCUAGCGUAGUACAAUCGGUACAAUCUUACAAUCUUGAAUUAAUUAACUUUUUGACUAAUUAAAUAUGAACGGAACAAUUGAGACAUAAUUCAUGAAUACGUAUGUAUAACUUGUGAUAAUAAAUAAUCAAGAUAA